CUGCACUGCAGGGAUGCUGCAUAUCUUUUGGUUUUCUCCCUGCUAUUCGCCGGUCUUACCUACGUUAUGUGGCCGAGGCUUGAAAAGGUGCCGUACACCCACAGGCUGCAUAAGGUUGCCACGAAAUUCCCCGCGCAACCGCGUGGCGACAAGUACGUCCCGUGGCGGCCAUCCGAGAUGUUCUUCGCUACCGCCAGGUCCAUUGUGGGCUGGUGGAACCAGCUGCUCCCCGCCGACCACCCUGACGUCGUGCGAGUGCGGGGGGUGCUGCAGCGGCUGGCUGCUGCGGCGGCUGCGGGCCGGGGUGGGGGCCAGUACGAC